AUGGCUUCCAACGUCACCCGUCGCCUGUUUUCCACCACUACUCGCCGCAUGGCGGAGCAGAACCUCAAAGCCGAGUCGAAGCGCAACCCCGAGACAAUGAUCCUCGGUGGUGUCAUGGUCGCUGCUCUCGGUGGUGCCGGCUUCUACUUUGGCCGUAACCCUACCUCGUCCACCUCCGAGUCCAGCGUGCACGUCACCAAGGGCAGCGCGCCGUGGGAGUCUGGCGACCACGCCAAGUACAAGUACCAGCCCGGCGGCGACCCCAGCGCCGAGCCGCGCGACGCGCCCUCGGCCGUCAACACCGUCGUCGUCCCCAACGUUACCCUCACCCAGGAGUUCCACGACAAGUACAACAAGUGGGGCAAGGACGGCUAUCCUUAA